AAGUGGGGACGCAAAAGCAGCAGCAGGCAGCAGCAGCAGAAGAAGAAGAAGAAGAAGAGUGCGAGCGGAUCUGUCAGUGGGUAAACACGUUUGUAGUGUUCAACUUUGGAUUCCUCCUCUAACCUGGCGAGCUCGAGCUCUCUUUUCAUUUGAUUUUCUUUUCUUUUUGCAACACGGAGCUGUUUUUCCUCUCUCUCUCUCUCUCUCUCGGAGCGGAGAGACUUUUGACUUUUCGUGCCCCCCCCCCGCCCCCGCGCCCCCCACUCCCCUCGCGCUUCAUAGGAAAAGCUUUAACUUUCGAGGUUUAAAAAAAUAAAUAAAACGAUCGGAUUGCAUUUUCCCCCUUCAAACAUCUCGGAGGUGAUGUCAUCGAGCUGUGUUUUGGCUGCUAUUGUGUCGAGGAGGCGCAGGGAGAAGCACAGCAGCCGGGCGGCGACCAGCGGCUGAGGCGAGUCCGCCAAAUCAGGUGCAAAGUGCGGCUUGUCCUUUUCCUUUUCCUCUCCGCGCGCGCCAUCCUCGCACGACUCGAUUGGCGGCACCGACAUGAGCGAAGCCGCCUCGCAUCGCCCCGCGCCCGCUGCGCCUCCGUCUCCCACCUGCUGUGCGCGCGAGCCCCCUUGUGACGUGGCCGAGACCCUCCGACACCUCCGACAGCCGCUGGACCUGCUCAGCCGAGCCUUGUAAUUGGCGCGCGUGCAUGUGCGCGCGUCCACGCGGGACGCGUGGCAUCGUUCCGCGGGGCUUUUCGGAGUUCGACCGUCUGCGCACCUGUUCUCGCGUCAUCGUCAGCCCCCGGCGUGGACAGCCGCUCGAGGUUGCCCCGCGGUCUCCGGCCUCAGACCCCGGUUGACCCGCGGCCGCAUGUUGAUGAUCCGCCGAGGCCAACUGGACUCUUUGACUCUGCCUGACACCCAGCGGAUUCGGACCUCUCCGGACUGGCGGACUGGCUCGGGCCGAGCGAGGAGACUGUCUGCGGGCCGAGUUCCAUAGUGGAGGGGGGGAGCGAUGUGGUCCCUUCUUCCCACGCUGACCGUCUUAUGUAUCCAGAUGUUGCUGGUGAUGUGCAAUCCCUUACAGGUGCUCGGUGUGGAUGGGGUCAACUUCAGCGUGCAUGUGGAGAACCAGACGCAGGUGCGAGACACCAUGAGUCGACGACACCACCGGGUUUACCAGCUCUACAGUCGCACCAGCGGCAAACACGUCCAAGUGCUGGGACGCCGAAUCAGCGCCCGGGGAGAAGACGGAGACAAAUAUGCCCAGCUCGUAGUGGAGGCAGACACCUUUGGUAGCCAGGUGAGAAUCCGGGGCAAAGAAACCAACUUCUACCUGUGCAUGAACCGCCGGGGCAAGCUGGUCGGAAAGAAGGCCAGUAACAGAAGUGCCGACUGCGUCUUUGUGGAAAAGGUCCUGGAAAACCACUACACGGCUCUGAUGUCGGCACGCUACACGGGCUGGUACGUGGGCUUCACCAAACGAGGGCGACCUCGCCGCGGCCCCCACACCCUCCCCAACCAGCAGGACGUGCACUUCAUGAAGCGUUUCCCGCCUGGGGAGCAACCUGACCUCACCACGCCCUUCCGCUUCACCACCAUCGGCAAGCGAAGCAAGAGGGUGCGCGCUACCGGACCCCGCUAGCGGCGGCUAACCCCAAACUCCAGACUUGACCCGAGCCUGCCGCCGGCUGAACCGGUCAACCCAAAACCAACCGCAUUCCACCGAACGACUUGCUUUGUCGGGACAAACGUCGAGCAGAAACUUGAUGAGUCGUUCUCGGGGUUUAUCUUUCCACCGACCGUUUUGCCACCACGACCCCGUAGUUGUAGCUCCUUCCUUUUUCCCCCCUCUCCUUUCUGGGACCAACUGGACCCUUGGUGGUCCAUCACUGGAAGCGAUAUGGACCUGGUCUGCUUCCCUUCACAGACCAGAACUAUUGACAGAAUACCUGAAGGGCAGCCAAAAGAGUCCAAGGCUCACGGCUCCACAAAGGCCUUGGUUCCACAGCCACGAAAAACACACAUGGCCUUUUUACAUCUCCUGCUGUGGCCCAGCUGGACAAUUUUCAAGAAUGGAAUUACAACUGGAGCGUACAGAGAGAGGACAAAGGUGAAAAGGGGUGAGUGGCUGCUCAGUCGAAAGGGAAAAGACUGCAAUGCGGGCAAAGCGACAGAUGGAUCCGCGCGGAUCGAGGACCGAUAAUGGACUGCUGGCGUGCCACGCACUUAUUCCUCACGCCGGGAAAAUCGGUGGGAACCCGUCAGAGUGAUCGACGGAUGAACGGAUCAGUGAGGGAACCGGCUGACUGACUCACUCGACACAUGCAUGCGUGUAACGGGACAGAUGAAGAAAUCAAUGCGUGUCUUCUCGUGUGUGUUUGUGUGAAGCUGACUCCAGCGGCACGGACUGAAGUUUGAGGAACUGGAAUGUAUGAAACAACAUGUACCAAAAAAAAACCAAACAAAAAAAAAAAAAAAAAACCCAAAAAAAAAACACACAACAACAACCAGCCAAUCACAGAACACCAAAGCAUUGAGCAACCAAAGACAACUGAGGGCCUUCUUCAGUACUCCGCCCCUUUUACCAUGACCACAGAGGACACAGCGCCCUCUGCUUGGAGGUGCGGGGGGAGAGGGUGGGGGGGGGGGGGCGAUGAUGAGCGCACAAGGGGAGGUGCCUUCACUAUGAGCAUCGCCAUAGAAACGACCCCCAGGGGGAUGAUGCUCGUCUGCGAUGCCGUGGAUACAGAAUGCUGCUACCAGGACAUUCACCAAAGUCUCACGCGUACAACCAGGAGAACAAAAUAUUAAAGGGAACAAUUUAU